AUGCCACGAGUUGUAGGAACGACGAUUGUGAUCCCCGUCGACUUGUUUGUACAACCGUCUCGAGGAUAUGCGGAAAUGCCUUGGCCCUCCUGCUCUGAGGUCCUGCAGAGAUUCAGGUGUUUCUUCGGGAAAGGCAAGGUCACAGCUACGAAAAUCAUGCCUUCGGGCUCCAUUGGCGACGCAUCUUUCGACAACGGCCCGAAAUCCCUUCAGCAUGGUCACCGACUGCGAGUACGAAACGGCGAGAACUUCGUCGAAGCUCCCUUUGACUCCAAAGGGGUUCCCCUUUGA